CUCGACUGCGAUAGUCAUUGCUGCUAGUUUUUGGACGUAAAAUCGUUAUUUAUUUAGUAUUUAACCAUCUACAAAAUGUCAGCUGGUGUUCAUUUUAAAACAUGAGUUCCGAUCCACGUGCCAAGACAUUGUUGGCAGCUCUGAGUGAAGUUGAUAAUAACCCAGCAUCAUUGGGUUUCUUGCAGACUACUUUCACUGUUUUCAAUCAACAGUCUCCUUCACCGGCAGUAAGCAACCCUUCAACAAGAGCUUCAUCAUCAACAGAGGAAGAUGUUGAAGUGAUCAGCUCGGAUACAUCAAGUUCUUCUAGCUCUUCUGCACCAAAGUUUCAGCUAAUCUUGUCGCCUCAACAUCGUGACCCACAGACGUAUGACAGGACAAUUGCGAAAGCAAUUCCAAAGAAAGCUUCCUCACCAGGCAAGGAGAGUGCUGCAACUGCCAAUGAGAAGACUUGGAAUGGUACACAGGUACAGAAACAUGAAGUCAAGCAUGAUGUACUGAGUACAGGAGCUGACAGCAACACCCCAACUGGAAAAUUUGAGAAGGCUGGCUGGUGCCGAACUGCAAUGAAUACCUCCCCGCCCAAGGGUGGGGGUCGUGGAAGAGGUCAAGGCAGGGGGAGAGGGCAAGGGAGAGGAAGAGGGAGGGGCAGAGGGGAUCAUGGUAAUCAAGGCAACCAAACCAAAGGAAGGGGACGAGCUCUCCGAGGCAACGCAACAGGCUUGAAUAUGGCAGGGAGACAGCAGCAGACAACUCCUGUUUUAACACAGCAAGUUACUCAAGUAGCAGCGAGGAACUGGCGCUAUGCUAACAGCAAUUCAAGCUCCAAACCGCCUGUCCAAGAGCACGCCGUGUCAGUGUUAACCAUACCACACACCGCAGCUGCAACAAUCAGUGCCACCGGCAACUUUGCGAACAACCAAUCCCAGAAUGUCAGCAGUGUUGCCAGCAACUGUUCCACCACCAUUCAAGGUGGCAAUAACUCUGUUGUCUCAUCCACCCAGUCGGUGGCAACGCUAUCCACACAAUCCGAAGAUACUCCACAGAAGAUGGAGGUUGGAGUAACUGAAAGUGGAGAAGAAGGAAAUGUUACCGCUGCACCUGCUGCAAAGUCAGAGAGUAAGGAGUCUUCCGAAUCUUGUGAGAUUAUAGACCAAGCUAGCUCUCCUAAAGAAGAACCAAUGGAAGCAUUGUGCUCAAACUGUGGGAUAUGGUCUAUGGAUGAUCGAUACUGUUUAUCCUGUCAAUGUGAUUUUACACAACGUAAGCCAAAGAAAACUCGCCCAAGGACUAUAGAGUUUAUCCCAGCCCCACGACAAACCUUCCGUAAAGGGACGUCAAAGAAAAUUGGAAAUUCGGUGAUGUUAUCACCAAUAGACUCUUCAUCAAAACCUAGGUACGGCACAGGAACAACCUCACAUGGAACCAGCAUACUGUCUACGUCCAGUUCUUCCAUGGCGAAGGUAUCGCAUGGGACUGGAGUAUCAAAUUCAAAAUCUGCCUCUGGGACAAGUUCACAUAGCUUAUCUUUGAAGUCUACAACAGCGGUAAGUCCACAAGGGUCCGGCGCAUCAUCAAAUCCUGGUUCUGCUCUAGUGACGAGUUCACAAGAGUCAAGCAAAUCAUCUUGCCCUGGUUCUGCAUCUGCUGAGAACUCACAUGGGACAAGCCAAAUAAACACAAGUACAGGGACCACGGGGGGUGAAAGUUCCAAAUCAAAUUUAGUGAGAAUCAACACCUUCUCAUCAGCGUUUUCUGGAUUUUGUGUGAAGCCUCAUCCUACCACCAAGCAGAGAUACAUUAUUGUUAAAAAUCCAGAGGAGGAGACCAAACCUGUCUCGGUUUCAACCAGCACGCCAUCCAUCAGUGCAAAGGCAUUCUACGUGAACAAACUAGCGGCGGUCAGCCCUGCGCUGCCCGUCAGCACGGGAGGCAUUGCUACGUCAUCUGCCGUGCCGGCUGAUGCAAAGGCAAGUGGCGCCCAGAAUAAUAGGAAGAGGAGCCUGAAGUCAAAUGGAGGAAGAAGAACACCUGCAAAACGUGCUCCUCCAAAGCGAAAGGAACCAGAAAUUGUCCUAAUAUCGGAUAGCGAAGACGAGGAGGAAGAAAGUGCCAAACAAAAGCCUUCUGCUGCAACUGCUUCUGAAGAUGCCACAGAAUCAGAUGAGGAGUUGGCCCGGUCUUUCAUGACGGUGAAAGCCAAGAUGAGGGACAAGAGAGGAGAUUUAGUGGGAAGACCGGACACUCAAGGUGGCAAAGACUCUACUGAUGGUCAUCACUCCCUCCAGGGCGAUCCUAACUCUCUAAAUGUAGCCUUCAAUGUCUCGAUCCUCCGUUUUGGUUCCUGGCCUAUGCACGCAGUAGGGACGACGCUGAGACUUCCUGCUGUGUCAAUGACUCCUGAUGGCUUUCAAUUUCAUUUCCAACAAUCAACCCACAAAUGUGGUAAGAUUGAGCUACUAGUCAAGGACAUUGAGAAAUGUGAUCAUUACCUGAGUGACGACGGCUUCUCAACGUUUUUCAUCAUGACGACGCCUCACUUUGCUCAAGUUGUACGAUCCCGUCUCGCCAUGUAUCGCAAGGUAGUGCACUUUGAUCCUGGGAGUAAAGAGGAGUAUGAGAAGAUGGUUGUGAUUCGUUCUGCCCAGGAGCUUCAUGCCCAUUCCUAUAGGGAGAAGGUCCAAAAGGUGCUCGCCGCUAUGGCUGAAAAGAGUGAUAACUCUGGUAUGAGUUUGAAAUUUGAGCCGAUAGACAAGGCGAGGACCACUUCCCUCCUGGAAUCCUCAACGAGGCCUGAGAUGAAGGGCACGGUCUUCAUUACAAGGCCAAACAAUGGGUCCCAUGCAGCUACCCUCAAUUCAGCUGACCGUCCAGUUUCCAUUACCAUGCAGCAACUCACCAGGCUAGGGAGUGGUCAGGGUGCAGUGGUCAAGACCAAAGCCAGCUCUGAAGACCAGGUUGAUAAUAAAUUAUUUGUGUAUCCACCACCACCCAAGUUUGGUGGAAUCACCGUGACAACAGAAGACAGAGACUGCCUUGAAGAAGGGGAAUUCCUGAAUGAUGUCAUUAUUGAUUUCUAUCUAAAGUACAUUGUGAUGGAGAAACUGAGUGAUGUCGACCGGGAGAGGACCCAUCUAUUCAGCUGCUUCUUCUACAAGCGAUUGCUGCAACAGGACACCCGAGGUAACAUCUCGCCGGACCUCAACGGACUCACCCCGAAGGAGAAACGGCAUCAGAAGGUCAGGAAGUGGACUCGUCACGUCGAUAUCUUUGCCAAAGACUUCAUCAUAAUUCCCAUCAACGACUGUGCACAUUGGUUUGUUGCAAUCAUCUGUUUUGCUGGGGAUGUAAUCAACAUGAAGAAAGGAAACAGUAAAUCUCCAUCCCAAUCCCCCAGCCCAUCAUCAUCAAAUCAACCAUCACCGGCAUCAGCAGCAUCGCCUGCCACACCCUCCCCCGCCACUCCAUCACGAGCCACGCCCUCACCAUCAGAACAGCCAGCCAAUCAUAACGUAGCUCUUAACCAAGCAGCCAAUCACGGGAACCCAGGUGUUCAAGCACCAGCAUCUCAAAGUUCUCAAAGCUCAAAGUCACCUUCAGGACAGACCACAAAGACAGUGCAUGAUACUAGCCAAUCGGCCAAUAGGAUGGCAGAGGCUGCGCAUGUCGGCCAGCAACCAGCCACUCAGGGAAGCAAUAGCACAAAUGAGGAGGAGCCAAUGGACACUUCAGAGAGUCCGGAUGAAAGGAUGGACGAUCAUGAAAGUGAAAGAACUACACGAGAGCUGAAAGAAAAUACGAAUGACCCUUCAGACAAUCCACUUAACAAGUCCUUAGGGAACAGUACAGAAGCACUUAAAGCUUCAAACAGUACAACAGCUUCAGAAAAGGUUACGUCAGACAGUGCAAUAUCAUCCAGCAAACCUGAUCCAAAGACCCAACCGACCCAGUCGCCAGCUGUUAACGGAGGGGCAGCUGCGGCCAAAGGACAUCUCCUGGACUUUGAUUAUCAGCAAUACCACGUUGGAAAACAAAAGAACUUCAGGCAGCCAUGUAUCCUUGUCUUUGAUUCGUUGGCUGGGCCACCAAGGAGGAACGUCAUUGCUAAACUGAGAGACUAUUUGACGAUAGAAUGGGAGAAAAAGAAAGGAGGAAAAUGUGAGUUUACUACUGCCAACAUGAAGGGCAUGAAUCCAAAGAUACCUCAACAGAAUAACUUCAGUGACUGUGGAUUGUAUGUCUGCCAGUAUGUUGAAACUUUCUUUGAGAAGCCAAUCAGGAACUACCACUCACCAAUGAGAGGUCUUCAGAACUGGUUCCCCGAGGAGGUGGUCGCUAGGAAACGUCAAGAGAUCUGUAAUGCCAUCAAGGCACUCCACGAGUCUUACAAAGCAAGGAGGUGACAAGAAUCCAACCAUUCCUUGCCUCUCCAGCAUCCAAGGAAAGUCAUCCACCCAUGUUCAUUAAAAAAUUAGAGAAAAUAUUGCAUUUUUGUGACAAAUGUGUUAAUGACUGUUGUGCACAACCAGAGGGUAAUUUAUUAUAUUUCUCAGCUCUGACAAUUUCAGUGAAAUCCUUGAUUUUGAUUGGCUGAGAAGCCGAGGAGAGCAUUUGGUGAAAGGAUUUGUUGGAACUUUUAUCCUACAAGUCCCGUUUCAUCCGACAGUUACUCAAGUAGUAACGGUGCCCCCCAGCCAAUCAGAAUCAAGGAAAGUUGUUGGAUCCGGCAAUUUGUCAGAUGACAGAUGUUGAUGAAACACUCUUUUUGUCUCUGACUGAUCCUACGGUGACUUUCAGAGAAAUGACAACCUGUCACAAGCUUUAUUGAACAGUACCCUGGUUGUCAUCUUCCAAAGGAAUUUAGUUUGAUCCUAUCAGUCGCAACUAUGGAAAGCCACCAACACCAUUCCCUAGCAGUCAUGUAUUUAUUUACCCUGUUGACCACUGAAUUCAUUCCGUCAUUCCUAUAGGCUUUGCACUGGUACAAACUACUUCUGGGGCCCGUUUAAUAAAGAGUUGCAACUUUGCCGUUAUGGCAGUUACCAUGGCAACGGGGCUCAGCAGCCGAUCAAGGUUACCAUGGUAGUUGCCAUAAUGACAAAGUUGCAACUGUUGUAACUCUUUAUGAAACAGGCCCCAGGUGAAUGACUGGUGAACCUUUCUUACAUGCCAAAUAAUCACCAGUGUACAUUUAUUGGUGAAUACUAUUUACCACAGGGAAGGGUCACCAGUCGCCCUUAAAAACACUCUUUAAUGAAAUGGUCCCCUAAGAGGCAAUAGCUUGAAAUGUUUUCCAAAUCAGUCAAACAACCAUUUAUUUAGACCAAUCAGCACCUUUUUAUGUAUGAAGGACCAGAGUGAGCACAUUGUUCUAGAUAAAGAAUCAUGACACUUUUGGCUUUUCAUACUUCAGAUUGAUUGGGUCAGUCCCAACUUGUUGUAAUACAGGGCUUAGUUAUGCCAUAUAGGAACAAAACAAUACACAUUUAUAGAAUGCAGCUUUCAGUUUUCACUAUGCCUCGAAUUUCAAAAAGUCAAUUUCCAUUUACAAUUGUUACUAUUAUUAUGUGGAUAAUACUCUUUGAGGGCUAUCCCUAUUUCUUUUUAUAUUCAGUUUGUUUCCAUGAAACCCUUCAUAACUAUUGCGUAUUAAGGAAGUUGUCCGUGCUAAUCCUGAAAAUCAUACUUCCAGUUAGGAAUUUGAAAGGUCUACACAGGAAGUUUGUGAUAUGAGUCUAUGUCACUCUAAAUGCAAUUUUUGUUAUUGAUCACAAUUCAUCUCGUCUUAAUUCAAAAUCCUGAAAAGAAAUGGAAACGCUUGUUAAUAAAUGUGAUGUUUAGUUAAUUAGAUCUUAUGAUAUAUGAAAUUGAUAAGCUGUGUUGUGAGUAAGAAUAAUAUAGCCCCUUUCUCAUGUAACCUAGAAUCAUCUUCACCUCCCUUUCCCUCAUAGUUAAACCAAUUAUAUAUAGUAUUUCAUAGAUAAGUAUCAAGCUAAAUAUGAGAUGAGAAACAAUAAUAUAAAAAUAAGAGGUCAUAUAUUUGAGAAUUAAUGAAAUGCAAUUCAUUUUAGUUAACUUGGUAUGACUUGAUUACUCAUUCUACUCAGUAAAAAAAUAUUGUAUUAAAUUGAGUUCAGUUUCUGUCAUUAUUAUGAUUGAGUGGCAAAUUGAUAUGAAAUUUAUUGUUAAGAAUUGAAAUUUGAAUCAUUGAUUUAUGAGUUUAAGGGCGAAACUUCACCUGAUGAAUAAAGUAUUGAUACUUUCAUCGAAUUCCCUAUUUUGUGGCUAUGCUGAUAUUGAAAAAAAGAAAUCUGAGACCCAGACCCAUGUUCUACUUCAUUUUGGUCAGCUUUGUAUUCCAGUGAGAUACAAGUAAAGUGUUCAAAUUUUCCCAUAUGUAAUCAUCUUUGGACAAUCAUUACAUUUUUUUUGAAAUCUUCAAAUUGGCAAUGAAUUGCACAGUUCAAAAUCAUCAAAUUGAGACAUUAAUUUAUCUUUUUACAAUAUGAUAUUCUUCUUUUCACUUAGAAUAAUACUCAGUAUUUAAUUUCAUUAACUAUGACUAGCUUUGUUUAUGUAUUUAUUUCAAUUGAGAAAACUUGGCGAGUAGUCUGGUGCAGUUAUUGAACUGCCUCACAAAUGAACCAUCUAAAUAUUGUAACAAUGUAUAGUAAUAAUAAAUGAAUUGAAUAAAUCCACUCAUGGAGAAAUAGUUGUCGAAAUCCAUGCUCAGAACAGUCAGUAUGCAUAUAUUAUUUACAGGGUUUCUUCGUGUAGGCUACGGGUACUGUAUUCCAUUGAUAGAGCUGUAAGUAAGUGUCACAAGGUCAUUGGAAGGUCAAAGGAGCCAAAUGUUGUGGAGGCUGGGAAAGACCCACGUUCUAUUGUUGAACUUUUUGCCAAAAUCAUGGAACGCCAAAAAUAUGAAAACUCUGUUUUGCUGUAUGAUCUUACAUUAACUGUUGUCCUUUGUAAUACUUUAAUAAUAAGAAUUUUAUCUUAUAUAGUGCUUUUCAUGAGAUCCAUAUCAAAGAACUCGAUUGUGUAGAAAAUUUGAAAUGUAUGAACAAAAGUGAAUUAGAAAUUAUUUAACAAAAAAAAUAUCAAAAACUUUUAAUGUUUGUACAAAACUAGUGUACUAAAGAUUCCCUGACAGCUUCUAUUAAAUUGAAUUCCAAAAUGGGCUGAUAACUGUAAAAUAUCUAUCUAUAAAAUGAAGGUUUGUGUCUCAUUUGGUUGUCCAUAGUUUAAUAUGGGCCAGUAUGCUCUUCAAACCUUUGCAGUUUAUCUAUUCUUCAUUGUGCAGAUGGUAAUUAUACAUCAAAGUUUGCAAAUUGAUAGAUUUAGAAUCAAAAGCACUUUGUAUCCCUUUUCGCAAAUAAAAAACCCCCGAAAACUCAACCUUUAUCUAAGAAAUUUGGUUGUAGUUGAUUACGGAUUCUGGCAAGAAGAAUAUUAAGGAAGUAGAUUUACAAGCAAAGAACCACAGACACAGUGCUUUAUACUUUGCGUUAAAAACAUUCAGGAUCCUUUAUUUAAUCAUAGUCACAAUUUAUUGGUUUGGAAUACUUUUGCAGUGAAUAUUUAUUGCAAUCUAGUUUAUCUUUGCAUUCUGCAAUCAAUUGGCAGUUUUAUUUUUUAGGUCAGUAUUGGCAGAGUUAUUUUACCACUCAAUGGUUAAAACCUAAUGGUCGUUGAGUGUAUGAAAAUUCAGUUCAACUGUCUAUUGUGUAUAAUAAUAUAUGGAAAGUCCCACCAUGGAAACCCCAUGUGAAUGUCUGGUAUAAUUAAUUCUAUGAUGAAAGAAAUGUAUUCAGAAUUAUAGUCUAUAGAAUUAGUUGUAUUUUGUUGUACUUUAUAAGAUACACAUGGAUAUAAUUUAACAUGAUCUGUAAAGCAAGUCUGUAGAUUGGAGCUUUCGGGAUAAGAAAAGAAAAUACCAGUCAUAAAUACUGUUUGUUAUUGAGUCCAGGAAGAAAUUUGUUCUCAGUGUACAUGUAUGGUUUAAGUUAUUAAAUUUUAUUCUGAAUGCUUUUUAAUUUAAUUUGUCAAAAUGUGAAAUGUCAUUUUUAUUUGAAUUGUUUGUACCUUGAAUAUUCACCACCAAUACGCAGUAAGUACAUGUACACGAACGGCCAUGCAUAGAACUAGGUAUAUGUGUCCUAUUGAUGGAAAUUUUAGUGAUAUUACCCAUAUAGUAUGUAUUUGGAAUCCAAUUCAAAGGAGAUCUGUGGAGCAGUUCAUGAAUAGUUUAGUGAGCUAUUUUCACAGACUAACUUCCUUUCAGCCAAUCAGAUGCAAGGAUUUUCAGUAGCUUUUAACAUCUGUUGGUGAAAAUCACUGACAAAAUUUGUCAUGAAAUGCUCCCAUUAAUAGCUGAUAAAUUCUCCAAAAGUUGAUACACAUGCAUGUAAAAAAUGUAAGAUUAUUUAUUGACAUUUGGCUGGGUGCCAUUUCUGUUAUCUGAAAUGGCAACCUUAUUGUGAGAGGUCGUAAGGGAAGCGAUGCUUUUAAUUCAGUCGUUUAAAAAAAAAGAAUAAAUGAUAGAGUCAUCAGAUUUUUGAGGUUAGGUUGUAACUAAAUGUAGAAUAUGUAUUUUAUGUUUCAUAUUGGCAUUUCCAUAAAACAUGUGCGUCCGACCCCAUGUUUGUGAGACCUUCAUGAAAUUUUCUGUAUCUGAUUUUUGGUUCUUUUGACAGUCUAUAAUGCUCUCAAAGGACCAUGACUUGGCCAUUUUAUAAAGUGAAUCAAGAAUUUAGAAAAAUGGGUCGGAUGUACAAAAAGGUUGAUUGUUUUAUGGCAUUGCCCAUAUGUUAAAAAAUUAAUAUGGAAAUCUUCAUGCAUUAAACUGAAAAUCAAAGAAAUUUGUGUGAGAAACUAUUAAACUGAUAAAAGAUACCAGAUUCUUGGGGCGGGAUGUUGUACAGACCAUUUAAACUUCAUAUGCUCUAUGUGGAUGCAUUAUGUGGAUGUAAAGAGAAUUCUGUUAUAAAAUCUGGCAAAUUUAUUAAUACUUUACAGGUUACAGAGUAACACGAGUAUUCAUGCUUUUUUUAAAGGUAAGAAACUGAUGGAUUUUUCUAAUAUAUAAGAAAAUUUACGAUAUGAUACUUUCCACUGAUCAAUACUGCCUAGCAACUAAACUAUAGUCUACUUUCCAAUUUGAUGCAGAAGAAUAUGAAAAGUAUAUCGAAAAUAUAGAAAUAGAUAUAUCGCAACAUAUAUAAUUGAGAAAAAGAAAGCUAACAUGUUGAGAAUUAGUUUUCAGCAGUCAAUAAUUUGCUAUGUAUUAAAGGUUGUACUGUAUCUUAUUUCACUGAGGAUAAUAUAUAUUUUUGCAUAUUUUAAGAUGCUAUUUGUAUGUCACAUUAGAUUCUGCUUCUUCAAACAUCAGAUUUUGUCGUGGUUGGAUGUUAAGUACAGGUCACAUGAAAGAUGUGCGGAGUGUACAAGUCACUUAAGACAGGCGUACACCAGCUGCAGAAAACAUGCAUAAUUCCCCCUCCCACUUCCAAUUAAUGGUCUAAAAUUUAAUUUGGCAUUUUAGGUUAUUCUUUACAUAGAGUAUGUUGAAUCAGAGGAUAAGUCAAUGAAAAAUAUUAUCUAAUCUUGUCGCAUAUUUAUAUGUAACAAACAUAAUCAUCUUGGCCAUGUAUUUUGAAAAUACAUUGAAAUGUUCUAUAGUUGACCAUCUCCCUCAAGCUGCAUUCCCCCCAUGUCUGCCUCAUUAAUGACAAUCAUAUUGUGUGGUAUUAAGGUAAUAUUCGU